AUGUUUUGGUCUAGAGUAGUCUAGAGUCCAUGUGAUCAAGACGUAAGCAAGUAAGACAUUAACACAAUUACAUACUUUGUACUGUCGCAAGUAAAGAAAAAAAACACAAGUUUAUUUAUUUUCUCUUUUUUUUUAAUUAUCAUUUUUAUUUGGACUUGAGAGUUAUGGAAUGCGCGUAUUGUUUGUUUAAUAAUAAUUAUGGAGGAAUAAUUUAAAAAAAUUAAAUAUUAUUAACAAACUGAAUGGCCACUUGACAAAGUUUAAUAUUUGCUAUAAGUAAAUAUAUAUUUAUUUUUGGAGUAAUUUUUAAAAUCAGAAGAAAAACAUUAAGUAAAUAAAAAAUGGCAUUACGAGAAUUAGUUGAAGGUGAUUGUGGUGGUCCGAGUCCAUUUACAACUUUGACCUCGCACUUUGUACAAGAUCGCGGCUUCCGAGAAGACGGUAUCCAUCUUACCCAAGGAGUAUCUAUUGAUAAUGCAACACCUAAUCAAUUAGUUGAUGAGUUUCUGGAACUACGUCCUAUUGUAGAGUCACAGACAUUCAGAAUGAAAGAAAUCUUCCAGCAGAUAAAUGAAAUAGAUGACAAUAAUAUUCGGGCAACAGCAGCUCCAUUGAUACAUCAGCCGUUGGACCAAGAUUCCGUGUGGGCUAAUCAGUUUACGCAAAAUAGAACAGACUUUUAUGAACAGAAUACUGAACGAAUAUGGUCUGAGAGCCUACAAAAUUCAAUAGGCCAACAAGUUCCUAGGAUCACUUAUCAUCCGCCGGAUGCUAAUGAACUAGGAUUAGGACAAACAUGGGCUGAAGAUUAUAUUGAGCACUCGUUGGAGACGGAAAAGAAUGAAGGAGUGGACGCUUUUCCUGCGGUUGGAGAAACUGAAAAUCCCAAUAUUGCAUACUCGAAAUUUAUCAAGUUUAUGCAUCAAGAAGGAGAGAUUCCAGUAGAAAGCCGUGAAAGUUCAGUAGCGCCAGUUAACCUUAAUGACAGUAAAUGGACACAAGAAUUCAAAGAAGAAGAACCUCAGACGGUCCCGAAGCUUGAGGAAGUUGUAGAUGUCAACCCAGAUGUUUUGAAUAAAAACGAUGAAGCGACAACUAGCACCGCUAAUACUUGGGCCAGUGAAUUUUCCGAUAAUAAAAUGAGAUCAGAUCUUGAUACAUAUGAAUCGGCUUUUUGGUCUAAACUACAAGGAGAGUGGGACAAGCUGUCAAAUAAACAGCUCAACGAGUCACAUCCUUGGGUGUCCGAUUACGAGAGUUAUUAUGAUCCAUUCAAAGAUUACAAAUUUAAUCAAGAAAAUCCAAUGAAAAAUGCGCCGGAUGCUUUGGAGCAGGGAAAGCGGAGACUUGAAGCUGGGGAUUUACCAAGUGCAGUACUUUGUUUUGAAGCUGCUGUCCAGCAAAACCCAGAUAAUCCAGAAGCUUGGCUGCUUCUCGGUAAAACCCAAACAGAGAAUGAGCAAGAUCCAAUGGCAAUAGCAGCGUUAAAAAAAUGUUUAACGUUGGACACGUCAAAUGCGACAGCUUUGAUGACCCUCGCAGUUGCGUUCACCAACGAAUCCUACCAAAGCCAAGCAUGCAUAACCCUUAAAGAAUGGCUGACCAAGAACCCAAAGUACAAUCAUCUCUCGACGACUCGUCCGAGUGCUGAACCAUCAGCUCCGAAACUCCCCGUCUCGACGAUUCUCUUCUCUGACAUGCACAAAGAAGUUAAAGAUCUUUACAUCCAGGCAGCUCGAAUGAAUCCCAUGAAAGAAAUAGAUCCCGAUGUCCAAACCGGUCUAGGUGUUCUUUUCAACUUGUCCAGCGAGUACGACAAAGCAGCAGACUGCUUUCGCGCGGCUCUGCAAGUACGUCCCAAUGAUUGUCGACUGUGGAACCGACUCGGCGCUUCCCUCGCCAACGGGCAAAAAUCCGAGGAAGCCGUCGACGCUUAUUCCCGUGCUCUCGAGCUCUCCCCAGGAUUCAUUCGCGCUCGUUACAACCUCGGAAUAUCUUGCAUCAAUUUAUCCGCUUACAAACAAGCUGCCGAGCACUUGCUGACGGCUCUCAAUCAACAGGCAGCUGGACGUGGCGUUCAAGGUCAGAGCCAACCCACCAGUGCCAUGUCUGAUACCAUUUGGUCAACUCUACGAUUAGUUAUUUCUCUAUUGCACAAAUACAAUUUAAAUGACGCCGUUGAUAACCGGGAUCUAGGUAAACUAAACAAAGAGUUUGAAAUAAUCUAGAUAAUAGACGUAUUUUUUUUUUUUUUUUUUUUUUUUUGUAACUAAACAAUUUAAAAUUUUUAAAUCAACAUAAACCCGAUUAUGUCAUAUAUUGUUUCAUUGUUAUAUUAAUGAUAAAAUAA